CUUGAAGGAUGGAAUGAGGUGGCGGUUUGGCAGGAAUUCAAACCGCCAUUCAUCUCGGGGGAAAUAUGGACGACAUAUAUUGAGCACGUGACCUCAGAGCGGUUCUCACGGCGCUCACAGUCUGGCGCCGACAACCGGAACCGGCAAAUUUAUGGUUCGGUGACCACGCACACUGGCGGAUCCGUCCCAUUCAGCGCACAUGCAAAGCGGAUGGUAAGAUUAAUUUUAUUGAAAUAUAUCGUUAAUUAAUUUGUCGUUCCUUAUAAUAUAUUUAACUUUCAACCUAUUUUUUCCUUACAGGCUGCGUCUCUUGGACGUGAACCGAGUCCAAUGGAGCUGUUUCUAGAGACGCAUGUGCGGAGUCAAGACCGUAAAAAAGGGGUGCAGCAGUUCGUGGACAACCGUGCUCAGCACUUCGUGGAGACCUAUAAUAGCCGGUUGAGGGAGAGAUAUGGGGACAAUCCGUCGACCCAUCCAGAUUUCGAUCCAGAUUUGUGGAUGGAGGCGGGAUCGUCUGGUGGACCCGAUAAAAACAGGGUCUACGGGCUCUCCAACACUACGGCUGACAACUUGCGUUCGACUCGUAGUGUCUCAACUGUUGGAAGCUCUCCAUCAGUAUCGAACACCCAGUCUGAGGAGUUCAUUGCGUUGAAACAACAAUAUCAACAACUCUCGACGAAUUAUGAUGAGCUCCGUCAAAUAGUCAUGGAGAUGAGAUCAAAGAUGGGUGACGAUACUUGUGCAGCUUCUUUUUGGCCGUUUGGUCCCGGGAACAACCAGCCUCCUCCUCCUCCGCCUCCUCCUCCAGCUCCGCCGCUAUUCUAGUUUAAUUUUGUUUUUUAAACACAUUAAAUUUGUAAUGAAUAUUAUUACUUUUACAUUUUUAAUGUUUAAUGCAUUUUUAUUUGUUUAUUAA